CACAUUUUUAAACAUUUAUUGUUCUUAAAAAUUUGUUGAAUUAUUUCAGUUUAAUAUAACUAGUUUGUUUAAAAUGAUUGGAAAAUAAUAAUAAUAAUAAUUAUUAUUAUUUCAUACUUAAAAAAGUAAUUUUUGAAAACGACGCAAAUUUCAAUUACAUUGUAAAUUAUAAAACAGAUGUUUAAAGAAACAACUUUUUUCAAGAAAGAAGAUAUAAAAUAUAUAGAAUUAUAUUGAAAACAAAUAUUAAAUACAAGAUUUUAAAUAUUAUUGUUGAAGUGAAGAAUUUAACGUAUGUUUUUUGACACUUUCUAAUUUGACACAUAACCAAUAAAUGUCUGUACAGGUUGAAAUAUAAAAUAAAACGAAGUUAAAAUGAGUGAAAACGAACAAACGUCACAAACAUUACUUGUGACUUAUGGAAAUUCUACUUCGUUAAACGAACCACUUUAUCAUGCUGUGUACAUACCUGAAGAAAACCUUGAUAAUUUACCAGAAAACAAUACAAAAGAAAAUAAUCGAGUUUAUCAAGACAAAGCAGAGGCUUUAAAAGUAAUUCAAAAAUUUAAAACUGGUCGUCUGAAAUCGUUUAAGAAAAGAUCAGAAGCUGAAGAAUAUGCAAAGACUGGUUUUGAAACAAAUUGUGUUAAUAAUACUACAUUAUCUACUAUAGUACCUGUAGUAGAAGAAAAACCAUCUGAUUUUAAAACUCCAAGGUCUCAAGAUCUUGUAUGUUUUAGAAAUUUAAUUAAAGAUGGAGAUUUGUACGCUGUAAAAACUACAAUAUGGGGAAAUCCAAAAUAUUUAAUUGGUAGUGGUGACACUCCUGCAAUUUUACAAGAAGGAUGUCGUUAUAAUGCAUUGCAUAUUGCAGUUAGAGCAGAUAGACCAGAUAUGUGGGAGUUAAUAUUAAGCACUGUUGGAAAUGCAGAAUUUAUAAAACUUUAUGGUGAUGAAUGCAGCUAUGUGGAUCGUGCACAGAUCAUGCUAGAUCUAUAUUUAAAUACACCUGAUAAGGGAUUGAAUGAAACUCCACUCCAUUUUGCUGUUAAAUUUGGUCUAAAAAAUUGCGUUCGAGUUCUUGUUUUCAUAUCCUUGUUGUAUAAAACAUUGCCAAAUAAAUAUAAACAGCUACCAAUAGAUAUAAUUUGCACUAGAGCCUGUCAAGACGACACAGAAUUAAAAAGACAGAUACGUUUAUUAUUGGAAGAUCAGUAUUAUGUACCUGUAAGAUCUGAUGAUAAUUCAUUGCAACCUGUUAUUGGAGAACCUUUCUCCCCAACUAAUCCUUUGAGUUUAAACACAGAUCCAAUCAGUCCACGUUUAGAAGUACGUGCAUUUGCUGGACCAAUGACAAAGUCUCGUGCGGUAGAAUUUAGAAAAAAAUGGAAAACUCCUCCACGUCUUCGUAUUACUUCAGUUAGAAAUGUAAAUGAUGCUGAAUAUAAUACUACAGACAGUCCCAUUAAUUUAACUUUAAGACUACAGGAUACGGAAAAGGGACUUGAACGUGUUGGAAGAGACUUAGCAGAAGAAUACAAAGUGUCAUGGAAAGAAUAUUGGCCAUUUUUGAAUGAUUUCGCAGAUUUUCGUACUACAGAAGGUUUAACGAAGCUUGAGAAAUAUUUAGAACACAAAUUUCAUUACUUUUACUACAGCCAGAACUCAAAUAACGAAAUAACAGAUUCAAAUUUAAAUACAGAAACAGAAGUGAAAUUAGUUCAGGAAAUAGAUCAUUUAUGCAAUGAUAUACAAUCAUGUUCAUGCUUAAUACAGUCAAUGAAAACAAUGUUGGUAGAUGAACUCGAAUUUUUCACACCUCCAUCAUCACCAGAAUUAACAGAAGAUAGUUCUGAUGAUGAAAUGCAAACUGGAGAAGGUCCUGGAAUAUUUCUUGAAGGAUAUAUACCGAUGAAAGUAGAUUAUGCGGUUUAUAAUGCAGUAUCAUCGUCAAUAAAUCCUGUUACAUAUCCAAAUAUUUAUCGUUGGCAACAUGACAUGCAACUUGUUAUGAAACAUGAUUUGCAUAGGUAAUGAUACAUUCUAUAUUUUUUUAUUUGUAUUUAACGCCUACAAUAAAUGUAUUGUUCUGUGUAUGUUAAUCAUGUUUCUUUUUUCAGAACGACAAUCUGAGGAUAGUUAAAAAGAAAUUGAUUAUGACCUUCUAGGUAUGUGAAAUAUCAAAGUGUUGAACAGUGUAUAAAAAUAAAACUGUAUAAAUUUUUAUAUUAUGCACAACAAGAGUUAUUCGUUAAAUAACAUUAAUAUACGUCAAAACUUAUUAAAUAUAUUAAAAAUAGUAUAUUUUCAGAAAAUUUAUAUAACA